CUGGCUGCUUGCGUCAGGCAGGGGGUGGCCCCGGUGUAGCUACUGUUGCUAUGGAGAGAUAGCGGGGGUGGAUUCCUAGGUUCCCUAAGCCGGAGACAGAUUACGUCUGAGGCUCUCAUACGCCGAUCAUAUGUGGCACAGCAAUCCCGGGGAAUGACCCGUCCUCAGCUGCUCGAUAAAAUAGAAGAGGCACAGAAGAAGCUUAACACUCCAGAAGAAACUCAAAAAGAAAUUGUUACUUUUGGCUCCAGAAGUUGCUCUGAUACUGUCAAAGGUGUGAAGAGGAAAAAAAUAGUAACCGAAAACCACCUAAAGAAAAUACCGAAAUCACCUUUAAAGAAUGUCACCAAGGAAAAGCAAAGGCAUGAUCUAGACUCUUGUACAUCAUCCGACCCUACCCCCUCAGGAUCUGGUCAUUCAAAAGAGAAGGAACAUUUACUGGCAGAACUACAAAAACAAAUUAUCAAACAAAGUAAAGGUGUAAAUUCUGAGCUAACUGGACCAUCUACGAAGUCUGGGGUGUCAAUGCAGGCUAGAAAACUGUCUGUUCCACCAGACUUAUGCAACGGGAGAACUGAAGGCUUUGAUUUUGGUGGCAAAAUGACUUUAUUAAAAGAAAAUAGCGCUUCUUGUACAUUACCAGUUAGUCAGAAAAGUUCAAACAGUAACUCAGAGAACACCAAUAAGCAGUAUUUAUGUGCAAAUUCAGCUUUCGAUGUUUUAUUAAAAGCAAUGGAGCCUGAACUCAACACUUUAAACCAGUCUCGGGCACCUUGUGGCACUCAAACAGAAAAGCAGGGGCAUAAUAGCAGUCCAGCACCUUCAGUAACAUACAUAACUUCAAGUCCAUCCUCCUCUUCUGAAAGGGAAUCAAGUGCUAGAUAUUCAAAUUAUCGUCAUGGACCUCAGAGUGGUCAGCAUUGCAUGUCAAUGAAACACUCUCCACAUACCCAGGGCCAUUUAGGUAUUAAAGAAGAACAGUGUGAGAUGCAAAUACCUGCUGCCUGUCCAGUGUACUCCAGUGCUCUGGACGUAACUAAACAUCAACAAGUUUAUCAUGUAGCUGUAACUUCUUCCCUAGUUAGUUCUUCAACUAAUACGGUAACUCAGGUUCUUUCGCUGCCAGUAAAUUCUUUAUCUAAUCCUUCAAAACUGUCUUUAACCUCAACAUACAGUGUAACCCAAGUUGCCUCACUUAUCACUGGGGAGCAAAUGUGCAAUAUUGUUUUGAAGGAUCAAAAACCCAAGAAACAAGGUAAAUACAUAUGUGAAUAUUGUAAUAGGGCAUGUGCAAAACCCAGUGUUCUCCUAAAGCACAUUCGAUCACAUACUGGGGAACGUCCAUAUCCUUGUGUGACUUGUGGAUUUUCUUUCAAAACAAAAAGUAAUUUGUACAAGCACAAAAAGUCUCAUGCACAUGCCAUUAAACUUGGACUAGGCCUGCAGACAGAUUCUGGUGGCAUGCUCCUUUCACAGGAUUCUGAAAAAGCACUUUUUAUUAGUUCGGAUGCAGAUGAAAGUGGAGAAAGUGAUGACGAGUAUACUUCAGAAGAAAGGCAAGAAGAUCAAAGCCUUUCAAGCAUGGAAUUCCCAGAAAAUGUAAAAAUGGCAUCGGUAUCUGACAGCAUUUCACAGAAAGAAGGAAGGUCUUCCUCAAACAGCCCCGUUGCAAUGUUGCAAGACAGUUCUGACCACCGAAUAGAGGCAAAACUGACAGAAUUACCUAAAGUUGUUGUUUAUCCAGUCAGUGUUUCUCCAUUGAGAGCAGAUAGCCCAAAAGUUUUAGAAUCUACUUCUGAACAUUUUGUAGCACAAAUGCCAGAAUUAAAAACAAAAAAUAAGACUUUAAAUGUGUUGCGAAUGUUCUCAUUAAGCGAAUUAGAGCAAUCAUCUCAUAAAAUGUGUGAACUAGUUGAAGUUGAAAGCAUACAGCCAACAAAUAUAACUCCACAUGCACAGCUGCAAAGACAGCAAGCUACAGAUUGCUCCCAGGAGCAGCAGAGUAAAUGUCUGUUAAGUCCUAGAAGCUUAGGGAGCACAGACUCUGGUUAUUUCUCCAGGUCAGAGAGUGCAGAUCAAGCUAUGACUUCACCAUCACCUUUCAUGAAACUUUUGCCCUCAAUUGAAAAAGAUCUGAAAAAUUUAAGUUCUUUAGCACACCCAGCUAUUCAAGGGACAAUUGUGGUACAAUCAGUAUGUGUUGAGAAAGCACCUCUUGCUGAAGGAAUAAUGCGGCCUCCGUUGGGAACAAGAACGCUUGAAGAGCGUAUUUCAAAAUUAAUUUCAGAUAACGAAGCAUUGGUUGAUGACAAACAGCUAGAUAGUGUAAAGCCGAGAAGAACCUCAUUGUCAAGAAGAGGCAGCAUCGAUUCACCAAAGUCUUAUAUAUUUAAAGAUUCCUUCCAGUUUGAUCUGAAACCACCCGGAAGACGUACGAGCUCCAGUUCUGACAUACCAAAGUCCCCUUUCACACCAACUGACAAAUCCAAACAAGUUUUUUUUCUUUCUGUUCCUUCACAAUACCCUUCCAUUGACUGUUUACCAAUUACAAGAAGUAAUUCAAUGCCCACAACAGGGUAUUCAGCUAUCCCCCCUGUAAUUCCAGCGCCCCAUCCACUCAGAGGAAGCCAGUCAUUUGAUGACAAAAUAGGUACACUUUAUGAUGAUGUGUUUGUUUCAGGACCACCUAUGCCCCAGCAAACUGUUCACCCUCGUACGCUUGUUAGACAGGCUGCUGUUGAAGACGCAUCAACCACUGAACAUUAUGGCCUUGGACCUGCUCGGUCUGUUGAUGAAAGUUAUCCUUCAAGUAAAUCAUUGCAGGAUGCCUUGCUGCCUAGAAGUAAAUCUUUUGUGCAAGGGUCCAGUUUAGACAAAAUAAAAAAAACACAUCAGGGUCGUGGUACAAUGUUUGAAUGUGAAACAUGUAGAAAUAGGUACAGGAAAUUGGAGAAUUUUGAAAAUCACAAAAAGUUUUACUGUUCUGAGUUACACGGACCAAAGAGCAAAACAGUAGCUCGAGAAACUGAGCAUAGCACAACUUCAACUAUUUCUCAGCCUCAAAUGCUACAUUAUAGAGUUGCUACUGCAACUGGAAAUUUGGAACAGCCACUGCUUAUCAGGAAACGAAGAAAGAUGAAAAGUGUAGGUGAUGAUGAUGAACCCCAACAAAGUGAAUGUCGUCCAAUUCCUGAAAAUAUGGAACCUCUUAAAAGUUUAGCCAGCACAAAACCCUCCUCUACUAUCACAGUUUUAGGCUCACAAUCGUGUACAGUUUCAAAUCCUCAAAUACAGUUGGUAGCAAGAAACACAGAAACGAAUAUUGAUGUAAAGAUGCUUGGAGUAGACAAAAACACAAACUUCAUUUUGACAGAAAAGGUGGAACUCAAAUGUCAGGGAACUGGUAUUUCUGUAAUUCAGCAUACAAAUUCAUUGAGCAGACCUAACUCAUUUGAGAAAUCAGAAUCUGUUGAAAGAGUUUCACCUGUACCACUUUAUGAACAUCAGAAGAGUAAAGCAAAGAAUCCUAUGAAUACAGGUAAUAUUAUUCAAGACGAUAAACCCCGUCAUGCCUCUCUUAGCUCCUUGGGUGCAUCCGUUGACACCUUGAAAACAGAAGUCCAUGAAAGCCAACAAAGUGCACUUACAGAAAGAACAGCAUUAGCGCCUCAAUCUCGUCUGGUCCGCCAACAUAACAUUCAGGUUCCAGAGAUAUUGGUUACAGAAGAACCAGAUAAAGAUGCAGAGACUCAAGGGAAUGAACAAGAACUUCAAGAAAAAUUUAGCUGGCCACAACGCAGUGGAAGUCUUUCCAGUUUGCCUACUGAAAAACUCCCUCCCAAAAAGAAAAGAAUUCGUUUGGCUGAUCUUGAUAACUCAUCUGGAGAAUCGAGCUUUGAGUCCACCUAUUCAAGAAGCCUGAGCCGAGAGAGCAGUUUAUCCCGUGCCUCAAGUUUUUCGGCUUCAUUUGACAAAGAAGAGACUUCGAAAACUGAGAGUUUUUCAAAAACGGAUAGCAUAAACAAAUCUUCAGAGUUUCUUACAAUCCCAACAGGUUUAAAUGCAUUUGGUGUUUCCAGAGAAAUGAGGAGAGCUGCAUCUGAGCAAAUAAACUGCACACAACCUUCUAUGGAAGUCUUAGACUACAGAAGUAAAUCAUUUGACUGUGGAAGUAUGUCUAGAUCUAGAUCUAUGUCACCAACAAAUAUCAUGACUUCAAGAUCAUCUUUUGUGUGUAGAACAAGCACUGGACAUAUUCCCCUAUUAGAGAGGAGGAGAGGACCGCUUGUAAAGCAGAUAUCUUUAAAUAUUGCAGAAACAGGUGUCUCUACUUCUAAACCCAAUGUCCAUCAGUCAGAAACGCCUGUGUUGUCACAGCAAAGCUUGCAUACAGGAAACAGAUCAUUAAUCGAAUUCACAGUGUGCCCAAAAGAAUCCUCAAAGCAAAAAGUUGUGGCUGAAAAAAAAAUUUCAGCUGAAAACUCGAAGCUUGCUCUACACACUGAAAUUGUUUCAAUAAAUGCAACUAAUACUAACGUAUUUAAGAAGGAUUUUCCUAUUGGAAUGCUAAGCAUGUUGCAAAGUGAUGGAAAAGAGAAGUAUGUGUCUCCCAAAAAGGAUGAAAUAAAAAUGAGUUUUGCUCCAAAAUAUCAACUUGAAUGUCCGAAAAUCCAAGAAAACCAGUUUUGUGCUGCUGCUAAACCAAUUGCAAUGAUUUUGCCAAAUAGCUCUUCUGAAGGCACUAGACUUAGCAGCACAUCUUGGAACUUAAAGACUGAUACUACAGACAAUAGACCCAGUAUAUGUAUGACCAUGCAAAAACAAGGCAAAUUGUAUUGUAAUUUACCAACCACACAUUCAGUAGUCGUCCCGGUUCAUAACUACAGCAAUUCUCUAUAUUACGGGUUUCCUGCAAUUACUUCUCUCCCUGAGAUUUUAGUAACACAAGACCAUGGGAAUCAAACGGCUUUUAAAGCCAGUUCAGGUACUGCAAUGGAUAAUAGGGAACCAAUACAGAUGCCAAAGCCUAAUGAGGAACCAGGCAGACUCCCUGUAAGCUCUCCAAAAAGUUCAGAAAGUUGUCUUCCACGAUCUGCACCUCAGAAAGCUCUAGUAGCUGGCUUAGUCCCUCAGCAAGAGACCUCAGCCUCAAGCAAGCGAAUGCUUUCACCAGCCAACAGCCUUGAUAUUGCUAUGGAAAAACAGCAAAAGCGUGUAAAGGAUGAAAGUGGGGCUGCAAGUAAUACCAGUGGUCAACAAGUGCAUUUGAUGAGCAUGAAUGCUAUAGAGCCUGGUAAACAAAGAAAGCCAAUGCUAGUAAGACAGUUUUGCACUACAGACCCAGGUGAUAGCUUGGAUCGGGAUGUUACUCCUAGGAAGUAUAAUCCUGAAGAUCAGUCUUUGGGGUCACAGAUCACCAGCUUCCAUUCCUCUGUAAAACCCAUUUCUGAUGUAAAAGACACUAUAGAAUGUGAAAAAAAUAAAUCUCCUGAUCUUUCUGGUCCUAAUGUAAGAAUGUCACCAGAACCUUCCUCCAGCACUCAGGCAUGUUCCUUGAAACACACAUACAGUAGUCAAGAGAGAUCACUUGUUAAUUCUAAAGCAGUUAAUAUUCAAGGCCAAAUAAAACUUGCUGCAGCAAUAUCAGUGGUAAAUGCAGGAGAUAUGCAUAGGCUGUCUUUUCCAAGCCUGAAGACCUCAACAAGUUUUACAUGGUGUUACCUGCUGAAAAGGAAGCCAAUCCAUCUUCCACAGACUGACCAAAAGACAUCUGCCUAUGCUUCCUGGACUAUCGGCUCUAAUAAUCCAAACCCGCUUGGAUUACCCACUAAAGUGGCUUUGUCUCUGUUGAAUUCAAAACAGAAGUGUGAAAGGUACAUGUUUACUUCAGUGAAAACCUCUCACUCUAGACAUGACGUCUUGGUGUAUUCAAGCAAAUGGAAAAGAAAUGCAAAAGAGUCAUCUCAAUGCCAGUCUUCAGUAAACCAGUCUGAAGAUCAGAAAGCUGCAGAAGCAAGUAAUGAACAGGAGAAAGAAGUGUUCCAAAAUCGAAAUGAGCCAAGAAGAGUGAAGAUAUUUGAUGGAGGGUAUAAAUCAAAUGAAGAAUAUGUAUAUGUGCGAGGAAGAGGAAGAGGAAAAUACAUUUGUGAAGAGUGUGGAAUAAGAUGCAAGAAACCCAGCAUGUUAAAGAAACACAUUCGUACACACACAGACCUCAGGCCAUACCACUGCAACUACUGUAACUUCUCCUUCAAAACAAAAGGCAAUUUGACAAAACACAUGAAAUCCAAGGCUCACAGCAAGAAGUGUAUGGAUAUGGGAAUAGUAGUUGGCCCCGUGGAUGAUCAGGAUACAGAUGAUUCUGGUGAGAGGCAAAGAUACACUGGUGAACGUGAUGGGGAAGACUCUGAUGGUGCGGAGGAUGAAGACAAUGAUAACGAGGAUGAAGAUGAAGAUAGUCAAGCAGAGUCUGUUCUUUCAGCUACCCCAUCGGUUACAGCAAGCCCUCAGCAUUGCCCCUUCCGAAGCAGCCAGCAAGACGCAUCCAGCACUGAUGAGGAUUCUCGAAUUCCAACUUGCUUUGGUCACGCAAACUCCAUGGAUAUUCUUCCUAAAGCAUUGAUUACCAGGAUGACUGCACUGACCACACCGACCAUUUGCAAACCAGAGAGCCAUGAAAGAAAAAGUGAUGAUGUUUUGGUACAAAAAACUAUACCUCCUCAAAGUGAAGCAUCUUCUCCUAAAUCCCCAUGUCAUCAGAUGUCUGUGGAUUAUCCAGAUGGUGCAGAAGAAGAGGGUGGCUUGACAGAAACAAAGAAAUUAGCUGUAAAACAGGAUUCAUCAUCUGUGAACACCCCAUCCUCCCCGGUUGACAGGAGCACACAGACAAUGGAUUCAUCUGUACCGGACUUUAACAACCGUCAAGAAACAUUUGCCAGCUCUACUCAGCAGCACAACCAAGUGUCUGCUGCACCAACUCAUCUAUUUAGCCAUUUGCCUUUGCAUUCUCAGCAGCCUGUAAAAUCACCUUACAGCAUGAUUCCAGUAGGUGGGAUUCAGCUUGUCCCAGCUGGUCUAACUGCAUAUUCCACGUUUGUUCCAUUCCCAGCUGGGCAAGUACAACUUACCAUACCUGCUGUAGGGGUGAUUCACAGAACUGCAAGUGCUCAUGGGGAUAAACCUACAGACAUACCUAGCACACAAAGUCCUAUAGGUGUGGCUGAAGUGAAUGGAGUAGUACCAUGUAUUCCAAUUGGUCAAGUAAAUAUGCCUGCUCUUAGUGCAUCAAGCUUGCAACCCAUCCAGCCAUUAAGCAUGGAAACUGUAAACAUAUUAGGCCUUUCAAACCCAAGUGUUGCACCGCAGAUACAUCCUGCAGGACUUACUCUAAAUGCAGUUGGUUUUCAAGUUUUAACCACAACUCCUGCUUCCCAGAGCAGUCCCAGUGCACAGACUCACAUUCCAGGCCUUCAAAUUCUCAACAUAGCUUUACCCACUUUAAUCCCAUCUAUUAGCCCUUUGUCUGUCGAUAGUCAGGGCGUUCCCGAUAAAUCUUCAUGUAGCACAGCAGCUGGCCACAGUCCAACCAACCUUUCUGGGGCAGAUGCCAAAAACAUUAAGCAGUCUGAUUCUUCACAAGUGUCAUCCCAGAGGCAUGAUCCUCCUAAAACAUCAAGUAAUGCUGCUGCCACAGAGAGAGGCACAACCUGCAAUAAGAACUCUGAUCGAGAGAGUCAACUAAAGCAGAAUACUAGCAUUGGUCCCAGUCAAAUGAAAACUGCCAAACCGGAUCAUUACUUGAAGAUUAGGUCUGAAAGUUUAAACAGGUCUUCUCUGGGCCGGGCACUUCCUCCUCUUCGACACCAGAGGAGAACAGAACUGAUCUCAAGACAGAUGACUGUGCAGUACAGCGAUUCCAGCAGCGACGAUGAUGAAGGCAGACUGAUUAUAGCAACCUAGACUCUUCCCAUUUUCAUUUUAGUUUCAGUAUUUUUUUGUUUGUUUGUUUUGGGAACAUUGGGAUAUAAAAGACUCUCCAAGGAUUAGUGGAAAACCUUUCUUAUCUUUAAAAGCACAUUUUUCUUACAUAAUAAUAAUUACACUCGUGCAAUCAUGAACUCUUGACCAAUAAUUUUUUUAUUUUAUUUUUUCUCUGUUAUUGUUUGCUCCCGCCAUUUUUGUACAUGUUGUAUAGACACUUGUGCCUUUCGGAACUUUAUGUGUAGAAUAUGUAUAUAUCAGUGAAUCCAAUAUAAAUAAUUAUAAAUGUACAUAAUACAAGGUAGUUGCUUGUGUUUAGUAAGUACGUACAUAUCUCAUGUUGAGUAAAAUAAUUAAAUUAUAAAAUUCUAUAUGUAUAUGUUGCACUGUUAAAUGUAAUUUUUUUAUGGACGUGGGGCAACUUUGUGUACAGAUCUUGUAUGUAAAACUCCAUAUUUAUUGUGUCCAUAUUAGUCUUGGAAAAUGGUUCUGUCCAUCUUUGUGUGCAAGACGGUAGCUUUACACUUAAAAACAGAAAUUCUGUG